AAUAACAAGCAAACCUGCAAAAGUGAACCACACGGAAUGAUAAAAGGUCAAAGGCAUAACUGGCAAGAGCCAUGCCUAAUAGAAAUAGUUCUCUCCACUCUUUUGCUGCCAUGGAAUCCAACUCUAAACACACCAACCAUAAAACCAGCGAAGAAUCAUCAGACAACAUCCCUAGCAAUACUCUACUGCCAGGCUUGCCUAAUCACCUUGCAGAACUUUGCCUCUCUUCUGUACAUCCUUCCCUCCUUUACAAGGUUAGUCAUUCAUGGCGCCGCCUUAUCUACUCUCCUUCCUUCCCUCCUUUCUUCUCCCUCUAUGCUCUUCUCUCUCCAUCACCUUCUCAUCAAACUGUGAGAAAUCAUAUGUAUGACAGUAACACCAAUUCAAUCAAGUUCUUGUCUUUAGACCCCAUAUCAUCAACAUGGCAACCACUCCCUAGUCUUCCACCUGACCCUCCUCUCCACAUCCUUCACCGCCACCCGUCUUUCUUGUCACGCAAGCUACCUAUUCAGACGGUAACUGUCUCCGGUCACCUUGUCCUUAUUGCAGCCACAACACACCAAUUCAUGCCUGCACUUUCUCGUCCAUUAGUCUUCAAUCCAAUACACAAUAACUGGUUCUAUGGCCCUCCUUUCUCCAUCCCACGGCGUUGGUGCGCGACUGGUUCUGUAGCCGGUUCCGUUUAUGUGGCAAGUGGAGUUGGUUCGAAUUAUAGCGGAGAUGUAGCAAGGUCUACGGAAAGGUGGGACUUGAAGAACAGUUUAGAUUGGAAGUGGGAAAAGAAGGCGGGGCUUAAAGAUGGUAGGUUCAGUAGGGAAAGUGUUGAGGCGGUUGGUUAUAAAGGGAAGCUUUGCAUGGUAAAUGUAAAAGGUAAUGCCGUGAAAGAAGGGGCUAUUUAUGAUGUUGAGAGUGACCAGUGGGAGGACAUGCCAGAAGGAAUGCUUGCUGGGUGGAAUGGACCAGUAGCAACUAUGGAUGAGAUGGUUAUGUAUGUGGUGGAUGAAGCAAAGGGAGCUUUAAGCAAGUAUGAUGCUAAGAAGGAUUGCUGGGAAAAGCUAAUUGAGUUGGUGCAGCUGAAAGGGGCUGAACAAAUGGAUGCCGGGAGAGGAAGAGUUUGUGUGGUUUGUGCAAAAGGGGAAAGGGUUGUUGUGGUAGAUGUUGUUGUGAGGCCUGUGAGACUCUGGGUGGUGGAACCACCCCCAGAUUUGCAAGUGGUUGCUGUGCAUAUAUUGCCAAGGAUGAGUCAGACAGUCUCAGAAUUGUCUUGAUCCAUUUGCAGUGGUAAAUGGUUACUAGUCAUGAUUGGAAUUAGCUUAUAAGUGAUAUCUGGAAAUUAAUGCACAAUAUAAUCAACAUGUAGAAUUAGUCCUUGAUGAAGCCUGCAAAUGUAGCAACCAAUGUUUUGAAAAUUUGCAGGCUUCAACUUUCUUUCUGGACAAAUUACACAUAAUAAGAAAUAUGUUUUAAUGCCACACCACCAUAUCCAAUAUGAAGAAUAUGUCCUUUGUUCCUGUACUGUACUUGACUAUUAUCUGCUUUAAUACAAAUUCAGAAUUCUUGGUAUUUGGUCAAACA